UUUCAUUUUCAGUAUAGACUACAGUUCGUGACAGAAGCCCAGAAUGAUGAUGUCAAGGCGGGUCACACUUGAAAUGAAAAGUAAAAGUAUUUUCCUCCUGGGCAUCAUCAUUUCAGGACAAAUGGUCAGGGACUACACAGCGAAGCUACAUGUAAAUGUGCUAAGGUUGAGCUCGUCAUUUCAGAUUACAGGAGUGCUCAGAUAUACUGAAGACAGCAGAUGGAUGUCUCUAAUAAUGAAGACAAAAAAGGAACUGUGGAGCCUCAUGAUGCUGUUUCUAAAAUCAGUAUCUGUGCCCAGAAUGGAAGCAUUAUUUCAGCACCUGUGAUACAGAACUCAACAGUCACUGGAGAUAUUAACAUUGCUCUUAAUUACUUCCCAGGACCUGAAUCUGAAGUCACAGAUACAAGCACAUUGAUCACCGAAUACAAGAAGUCUGUGCUGUCCAACUAUGUCUACAUUACAGAAUACACCUCCCGUGCCGGUGAACAGGUGCUGCUAAAUGACCGCUACACUGAACCGCUGAUUAUUCAGAAACACAGAGAAAAGAAAGAGCGAGAGAAUGAGACGCGCUACAGAGGGGAAAGAUUCUUCAGCACCAGAGAAACAAAUCAAAGAAACCAAAACAUCAGGCUUGAUCAGCUUUUCGGCCCAGAGAAUGGCUCCAAAAUGGUGACUGGAAAAGCUGUCAUUCUCCAAGGUGAUUCUGGAAGUGGGAAAUCAAUCACUGCGCAAAAGAUCAUUCUGGAUUGGGCCUCUGGAGAGCUCUACGCUGGACUCUUUGAUGUAGUGUUUCAUCUGAGAUGCAAAGUGCUCAACGGGCUCUCUGGUGAGGUGAGCCUGCUGGAUCUCCUGAACUGUAGUUUAGCUCCAGAAGAGAUUGGUCAGAUCUUAAAAGACAUACCACAGAGGAUCUUGUUCAUCAUUGAUGGUUUUGAUGAACUUGUGCUUCCAGGAACCGAAGAGUUACUACCUCCAAAACCAGACAUCAAAUCCCAUUCACAGGCCAUUGUUUGCUCUCUUCUGAAAGGACGUAUGAUGAGAGAGUCCUUCUUGCUAGUUACUACGAGAUCCACCUCUGUAGACAAACUGGAGAUUGUUCUGAAAAAGCCACAGUGCUUUGUGGAGAUCAUGGGAUUUUCGGAAAAAGGAGUGAGUGAAUACUUCCGAAAGUUCUUUGAGGAUGAAGAGUUUUCAAGUCAAGUGUAUGAGCAGAUGAAGAUACAUGAGAUGCUCUACACCGCUUGCUUCGUCCCUGUCAUCUGCUGGAUCGUCUGCACAAUAUUCAAGAGAAAAGGGAAGAAUGGUGUUGCAACUAGCGUGUUGACGACAACCACAUCCAUAUUUGUUGAUAUUGUGCUCACACUCUUGAAACAUCACAGCAGUUUGAAUCCGCAUGACGAGCUCAACCUCCUCAAGAACCUGGGUCAGCUUGCAGAGAGUGGAACGCCAAAACGCCAAGUCCUUUUUUCCAGAAACAAUCUUCCAAAGGCAAUCUCAGAUUUACCAAACAUUCCCUUCCUGUGCAAAUUUCACCAGCAAGAGAGAAUUUAUAUAAAGGAGAUGUUUAGGUUCUUGGACCUCCACUUUCAGGAGUUCUUCACCGCUCUCUUCUACAUGUUAACAGACAAGGCAGAGGUGAAAAUAAAAGUCAGGGAGCUACUGGAAUCAGUAGGCUAUGGGAGGCACAAUAUGCAACUCUUACCUGUAAUAAGGUUCCUUUUUGGUCUCUCGAACAAGAAAGUGAGCCGUUUAAUCCCAGGGGAACAUACAAAGUCAACAUCUACCAUUAUUCGCGCAGAGCUGGAGAUAUGGAUCAGCAAAGUUAUAGAGAAGAACAUCAUGGAUUCAUUUUACAUGAGUGAUUUCAUUCUUCAUUGUCUGUAUGAGCUGAAUGAUAGGAACAUACUGAAGAAAGUCAUGAAGCUGUGGGAACGCUCAGGCAUUAACAUCCACUGGUCUUUGAAGGAGGUCGACUCUCAUGUCGUGAUGUACUCUCUCCAGUAUUCUUCACGCAUUAUGACUAUGGAAGUCAAAAGCAAUGCGAAAGAUCUAAAGAUGCUUCACCCUGUGCUUUGUAGGUGUACAAAUUUAUGUUUGGAUUUUGAUUCAAUAUCUGACGGUGAUGUUGACCUCCUGACAUCAGCCUUGGGGAGAAGAAAGAACGUGGGCUAUUUGACUAUGGAGGAUGGAGCCCUGUCAGAUGAAAGUGUGCAGAAGAUCCUGGAAACCCUCAGUGGACAAACAUCAGUGGGUAACAUUCGGCUGGUGAUGAGGAACAUCAGCAACGCCAGUGUCGAUUUAACCAUGAACUUUCUUGUUAAACAGUUGACGGAAAGAAAGUUCAGUUUAUGUAUUGCCAGUCAAGCAGAAAACAUGGACAAGAGUCUUUGCUCAGAGUUCACUAUUGAAAGAAAAAACGAUUCCUUCUGGUUUACUGUUGGGCACUAUAACGGGCAUCAGGGUGAAAUCUCAGGAGAACCUGGUCUUUGUUAUUAUCAGGGUUUUUCAAAAAUAUCCUUUGGUCUUUGUCCUUUCUGUGCAAUACCCAUGACUGACUUACUCAAGACAUCUCAAAACCUCAGAAGCUUCUCAGACAUGAAAAACACUGAGUUUGAUGCGAAUGUGGAUGCACUGCUGUCUUUCCUAAGUCAUGUUCCUGGUUUAACUGAGGUGGACAUACAAGCUGAGUACCUCACAGAUAUUUGGACUUCUAAGAUUCUGUCCUACCUUCAAGUCAAUCCAAAGAUUCCUCACAUAAAGUUUCAUUUGAGCAAUCUCAUGAUUAGUGAUGAGGAAAGGGUUUGUUCAACAUUUUCGGUCUCUAGAAAGCCAUUUGAAGAGUUCGAGAUGCAUGACAGUGAAGAGAAAAAUCCAUCAUUGAUUCUUGCAAUGGACAGAUCUGGUAGCAAUGGAGAGUCGGUACAUCCACAUCGACUGAACAAACCGGCACUGGUGAAGCUCAUUCUCAGUUUCCCUCCUCUUAAAGGAUCUAGUGCCAGUUAUGAGGUUCUUUUCAAAAGGCUUUACCAACUCAUUCAGUUGACAGAACAAUGCCCAGAGCUGGAUGAGCAUAUGGAUUCUCUGCUGCUAUUCCUUCACUCUGUUCCCGGUCUGAAGGAAGUAAAAGUUUGGCUAAACAACCUGAUUGAGAGCUGGGCGGCUGGUCUGUUCGCCCUCUUCCUGUCUUGUUCUAGCUUACUUCACUUGCAAUUGAAAACCAGUAUGUCUCUUGUUAGUGAUGUGGAGAGUCUGGAUAUAAUGAGAGAUGAUGGAGUGAGGGCUCAGUCUGCAGGAGAGAUAUCAGAUGACAGUGAUGAAGAUGGCGUGUCCCCUCCUCUCAAUGACUGCAGCGAUGAAAUCAACCAGAGUGAUUCUUAUGAACUGGACAGCGUGGAGCGUGUUGUCUGCUCAGAUAUCAGGAUGUGGAGGAGAUUAUCAGGGCAAUGCAGGGUUUCUUUGAAGUGCACCAGCUCCAGUCCCAGGACAAAGUCGCUGUUCUCAGAGAUAGAGCUCAUCCUGUCUGAAAACUCAGAAAAAACUAGCAGUGACUGGAAAAACUUUCUAAAAGCAUAUAUCCAAUGCAAAGGGAUCUCUAUAAUAAGUCCUACAUUUGAGGAGAGUGUGGAUGCUCUGCUGUUGUCCCUGCACUCGAUGUCUGCUGUGAACGAGGUGCGACUGACCACCGACAGACUGACCGAGAACUUGGCUGUGAAGAUCUUCUCCAUGUGUCACACAGCUCCCAGUCUCCAUAACAUCUGUUUGCAGGUUGAGUACAGUAAUACACACAGUGAGCUCAAUGUGUGUUCCUCUCUCAACAUCACCAGAAACACAGACUCCACCUUGACAGUUGACAUUCAGUUGGCCAGUGAUAGCAUGACUGAAACAUCUCCAUCAUUCAUUUCAUUCAUAUCGCCGUGUUCAGAGAUUUCUAAACUGGAUGGACAGGAACUCUUUGAAACUCUUGGCAUCCUUAAAGGUUUAGAAGAUGGAUGUGAAGAGCAUGAAGAGCUUGUGGGUGUUUUGAUGUCCACCUUGCUCUCCGUUUCUGGUCUGCAGAAGGUCAGACUCAAGAUCAGCAGUCUAACGGAGAACUGGAUGAAGAAGUGUCUGUUCUUAACUGAAGUCUGUCCCAGUCUUCAGGAGAUCAGAUUUGACUGCAUAGAAAGUGGUGGCUUGUUGUUGGAGGAGGUAGAGAGGAUUCUGCAGAGCUCUCAGAUGGAUACAGAUUGCAGGAUAAUUAUCACAGGGAUGAAGCGCAGUAAAGCCAUGAAUGGGUGCACUGCAGUCAUGAUGGACACAUCCAGAUCAUCAUCAGCCUGUGAUCAGAAAGUGAAAGUCAGCUUUUUCAGGGACUCUCUCACAAGACGGUUCACAAUAGACAACAUUGAGACAGAAGACACUAAUGAUGACGACCCUGAGGAUGAAGACAUUAUCUUUUAUUAUUGAUGAAUGGCAGAAAAUGAAUCCAAUAUUAAGAUUGUUUAGUAAAAAUACAUAGUUCCAUAUAUUUCUAUUCAUCUUAAUAUUUUGAGUGACAGUUUUAUUGUCACAAAAAUCUUUAGCUUUACUAAAUGUUAUAAGAUGAAAUUAACGAGGGAUGUCAUGAUAUAAAUGCUGAAUACAGUGUGAUCACAGGAGCAGCUACAUGUGCCCUUGACUCUUUAAUGGUUCCUUUGACAACUUGUUGAUUUUGAAACAAUAAGAUUUGUUAAAGUAAUGAGAUUUAUUAGCCUACUUUUUAGGCUAUAAAAUAAGAAAUUAAAUUGAAAGGCAUAUUUAGCUGUAAAUUAAACAAAUAUUACACCAAGAAUAACAUAUUUGAAAGGUUAACCUAAGUGCUAUCAAUUAAUUAAAAAAUAACUAAUCAAUCACA